AUGAGCAGAGAAGAAAUUUUAUUCGAAAAGGCUUUGAAAAAAGUAAAUGCUAUGCUAAAAGUCUCAGGCACAUACUUCGAUGAAGAAGAUAUCAACAGAAAUGUCGUCGAGCGUUUCCUCAGUCGGAGAUUCUACUGUUUCAACAUCUCCUGGCUCGUCAGUCAUAUAAUCGGGGAGUUCUUGUGGGUCAUUGAUGGAAUUAAAACAAAAGCAAGCGUCGUGAAAAUGACGUAUCUGAUACCUUGCCUGACAUUAAGCCUUUUAGGCUGUUGCAAGUCCUACUUUCUGAUUCAAAACGGCAAUCUAGUCAGCGAACUUAUUAGAGCCCUUAAGUUAAUGCAGUCUGAUAGCGCUAAAUCGGGGCUUAAGACUAAAAUAGAGAAUGAGUUGAAUAAGCGAUUGGUAGUUCUUAACAUUGUGAUGACCACGAAUAGCGCUCUGGAUGCGUUCGGUCUCGCGGUGUUUGCGGUAGGCCCGUUGAUCAUUACGUGGCUCCUGUAUAACUCGACUGGGAAACUUGUGAUGCAACUGCCAUUCCUAGCCAAGUUUCCUUUCGAUGAGACGGAUAUAAGGUUUUGGCCGCUUGCCUACCUUCACCAGAUAUGGGCAGGAUUCAUAGCAGUAUCAACAGUCCACGGGCCUGACAGUUUCUACGCUCUAUCGUGCACCUUCCUCUUAAUCCAGUUCAGAACGCUACAGUACGAUAUAGAGAGCAUUAUUCCUGAAAAUGUAGACUUCAGUCAAGUAGAGACGCAAAAUGAAUUUAAAAUACGAUUGAACAAUAUUGUUCGACGCCAUGUUGAGCUUAUAAGGUACGAGUAA